AGAUUUAUCACUUUCUCUCAACUGGGCUUAAAGCCCCGACAACUUAACCAAACUUUUGUGAGCGAAGUGCAUUUGGGCAACUGCUGGAAGCCUGCAGCUUCAAGCGCUUCGAAGAAGAAGAAGAAAAUCCAUGGAAAAAGGGCAAAGUGCCUCGGAAAAUAUGAGAAUUUACGUCGGGGGGCUGGGUGCCGCCAUGACCGAAGACGAUCUCCGAAAGGUUUUUCACAGCGUCGGCGGUGUGGUGGAGGCCGUCGAUUUCGUUCGUACCAAAUCUCGCAGCUUCGCUUAUGUCGACUUCUUUCCGUCCUCCCAAUCUUCCCUCUCCAAGCUUUUCAGCACUUACAAUGGAUGUGCUUGGAAAGGAGGAAAGUUAAGGCUUGAGAAAGCCAAGGAAAAUUAUCUUGCUCGUUUGAAUCGGGAGUGGGAGGAAGAUGCUCAAAUUAGGGAUAAUAAUGUUGGUGCAGACAUGGAGCUUGUUGCUCCAGAAUCUACUGAGCAUGUCACCAAGUCGGAGCACAUUAAUAUUUUCUUUCCAAGCUUAGGAGAGGUGAAGCCUUUGCCAAUUAGUGGAACAGGGACCCACAAAUAUGACUUUCCACAUGUUGAGGUGCCUCCUUUUCCUGUGCAUUUCUGUGACUGUGAAGAGCAUAAUGCUUCUUCUCCCAUUGGCAAUUCUAAGUACACAAAAACAAGAGAUUUGAAUGCUGAGAAUGGUGGAAUGGAUGAAGAUGAAAUCAAGAUGAUGAAUGCAGUGUUGAGCAAGCUCUUUGAGAGGAAAGAAGCUUCUCAAUCUAAUUGUAACGAUUCCAUGGCACUCAAUGAUAAACACAACUCCACGACGUCGACUGAUAAUCAACUACUUGAAGAUAAUAAAGUGGACAGUGACGAAGACAACCUUGUGCUUAAUGUGAUGGCUAGUAACUGCAAUUCCAAAACUAUGGCAUUGAACAGGGGAAAUAAAAUCUUCAAAGCUCAUGGGAACAGUAAGGAUGCUGUCAGGGACCAGAAAAAUAAUUGCAGAGUUCAAAGCAAGAAAAGGAAAUCUUUUAUUAGUGAGGAAUUUGAUGGUAAUGAAUCUGUACCCAGCAUCUUUACCAGCAAUAGGGGCACAGAUCCAUCAUAUGAUCCAGCUAGAUCCUCAAGACCUCAAGCUCCUGAUCGAGGUCCACCAGUUCAAUCUUUACGGUCUCAGAAAUCUUCAUGGAAAACACUUAUUCGGGAUAAGAGUAAUGUUUCAUUUUGCAUCUCAGACAUUCUGUCUUCAGUUCCUUCAGCAAAUGAAGAGAAAGCAGAAGCAGAUGAUCUUAAUAUAGCUCAUUCAACUCCUAACAGAAAUAGUAACCUUGCAAGCACUGCAGUUUUAGGAAGCGAAAUAGAUGAAAUUCAAUCAGGGAAGAUCAAUGUUCCUUUCAGCAUUACAGACGUGCUGCCUUUGGUUCUUUCAGCUGAUCAAGAGAAAGCUGCUUCUGCUGAUCAAGAGAAAGCUGCUUCUGCUGAUCUGAAUCUAGCUCAUUCAACUCCUAACAUAAAUACUGACGUUGGGGCUGACCCAAUAUCAAAAAGCAAAUCAGAAGAAAUGGAAUCUGUGGAGAGCUUCCAAGACGCCCAAUGUACAGUUCCAAAUGUCACCUUGAAUAAAGGCAGAGGUUCUUCAUGGCGGAAAAAAUCCUCAUGGACGCAAUUGGUCAGUGAGGAAUUCACCUCCUUCAGUAUUACUCAAAUUUUACCAAAUAGUACUUCUGAGAACCAGGUGCAAGGGGAAUCCGGUGAUAUCAAUGCUAAUUUUUCUGCUUGGAGCGAAACUAAUGCUCCGAGAAAGCAAGACAGUGAAUGUAUAGCUAAAGAUGAGUCUACUGCAUUUGUUAUUGGAAAAGGCGAAAUUGGCUGUAAUGAUGUCAAGCAGAAUGAACCACAAGCAGUGCAAGAGUGUGAGACCUGUCCAACCCAAAUUACUGAGAGUAAUUUUCCACAGCAAGAAGGUUCAUUUGAUGAAAUAAGUGGCGACACUUGCCCGUUUAUGAGAAAUUCUCAGUCGGUAGCAGAGUGGACGAAGAUAAAAGCUGCUCUUUCUGGUGGUUCUAAGAAGAAAAAACAGAGACAAUAGAUCACUCAUUAUCAAAGGUAUGUAACUCUUGAAUCUUGCUUGAAUGAGGGGCCAUGAUUGUAUCUGAACUUAAAUUGGUUUCAUCUACUAAGGAACAGUUUGAUGCAGCUUUGAGUAGGUUUAUGUGUAUGACUAGGCUGAAUGGUAAUUUCAUUUAUGCAUACACAAAUAAGAUUGACUCUUGUUUUCACUAAUUGUAGAUUAUCUAUUUUUUUUAAUAGAAAACCACAUUUUAAUAA